GUUCGAAACUGAUAUAACAAAGUAACCGUGUACUCUGUGAAAUUGUUUACCGGAGAUCCGAAGUAUGUCUAGGUGUUUUUCAUUGGCGAAGCGUCUUCAUUAGUCAAAAGGCGUGGGCGGGACUCUAGCUCUCUGCAGCGAGUCAAAGUGAAAGCAAUAAAGGGAAGCAGGAGCUGCACUUUGCCGACGAGCAUCUCUGCCGUCCUGCUUCACCACAGUCAUCACUGCCCCCUCUGAUCAGCGAAAACACACAGGGACUCCUGCAAAAACGGCAGAGUUCGUCAAUGUAACUCGGGUCAGUCAGAAACUGCGCCGUUCAGCUGGAUAAGUCCAAUCUUGGCAGAAGAGAGGGAAAAAAAAAUUAAAAAGAGAGAGUGGAGUGUUGGCGUAAAAUUGUGCAGGAAAAGAGAAGAAUAUGAUGCUCAAGCAGCACUUGAUCUUCAUCCUCUACAGCCUCUGCGCGAGCGUCUUUAAAGUGGCUGGGACAAAAAGCAAAGCGAAAGGUAGCCAGGGUCAGUUCCCCAUCACUCAGAAUGUGACGGUGGUGGAGGGGGGCACAGCCAACAUGACCUGUCGUGUGGAUUACAAUGAUAACACUUCCCUCCAGUGGUCAAACCCUGCACAACAAACUCUGUUCUUUGGGGACAAGAAAGCUCUGAGGGAUCACAGAAUUGAGCUUGUACGAGCCACGUCACAGGAGCUCACCAUCAGAAUCAAUGACGUCAGCCUGUCAGACGAGGGCCAGUAUACAUGCUCACUCUUCACCAUGCCUGUCAAGACAACCAAGGCCUUCCUCACUGUUUUAGGAGUGCCAAGUCGGCCAGAAAUCACAGGAUUUACCAAGCCAGCCAUGGAGGGAGACGAAAUCACCCUGACAUGCAUCACAUCAGGCAGCAAACCUGCUGCCAACAUUCGGUGGUUCCGAAAUGACAAGGAGGUCCAAGGCGCCACAGAGGUCAACGCUACAGGAAAAUCCUUCACAGUAAGGAGUAGCCUCCUGUUCCAGGUGGACAAGCGGGAUGAUGGCGUUGCUUACACCUGCAGUGUGGAGCACGUGUCUCUGUACAAACCCUACCUGACGACUGAGGUCCUGGAGGUUCACUAUGCUCCUCAGCUGGAAAUCACACAUUCACUGAUAAUUCCACAGGAAGGACAAUACUUCAAACUGGAGUGUGUCUCCAUAGGCAACCCAAUACCUGAACCAGUGCUCUGGUCUAAAGAUGGAGGAGAGCUGCCAGACAUUGAGCGCAUGAUUGUGGAGGGCAGAGAGCUGACCAUCACGACACUAAACAAAACAGACAAUGGCACAUAUCGCUGUGAGGCCAGCAACCAUGUGGGGACCAGCUUUGCUGAAUAUAUUCUGUUUGUAUAUGCCAAAGACUUUCCAGGGCCUACAACAGAUCCUAAUGCUUUAGGACAACGUGGACCUGACCACGCUUUAAUCGGCGGGGUUGUUGCAGUCGUGGUCUUCAUCACCUUGUGUUUGAUAAUAGUUCUUGGAAGAUAUCUGGCUAGACAUAAAGGAACGUAUCUAACACAUGAGGCCAAAGGAGCAGAGGAUGCCCCCGACGCUGACACGGCUAUUAUCAACGCUGAGGGAAACCAUGUGCAUGCAGAGGAAAAGAAGGAGUACUUCAUUUAGACCUCUGGCUUCUUUCUCCUUCGUUUCAAUGUUCAACAAGAGACAUGCAAUUUCGAGCUGCCUCAGUGUUACAACAUGAUCUGGGUUUUACUCUUCAUUUAUCUUUUUUUCCAGAAAACUCCUGCUUGGUUUAACUUGACUUUAAAAUAGCGUUCUCCUUUUGUAAUCAAUACAAACUAAUGGUUGGAU